UUUUUUUUUUUCUUCGUCAUUUGGUUCAUCUUUCAAUUUUUAAUAAUUAGCUUUACUCAUUAAAAUAACAGAGAAAUAGAGCUCUAAGGUGAGACAAGCCAUGUCUUCUUCAACUCCCUAAGUCUCAUCUCACCAUCUCUCUCUCUCUCUCUCUCUCUCUCUGUUCACUUUAUUUUUACCCCCAAAUUCAUAUUCACUAUCUCCAAUUCUAAAUAUCCUCAAUUGAUUUUUCUUUUCUACUCAAAACUCCUCCAAUCGAAUAAAAAUUCGCGUCAAUUUCCCCUCUUUCCUGGGUAUAUAUUGCCUUGUUCAAAGCCUUUUGCUUUUUUUUUUUAGUUUCCUAGAGAUGAUGAAUCCGAGUCACGGAAGAGGACUCGGAUCGGCUGGUGGGUCGAGUUCCGGUAGAAAUCAAGGUGGUGAGAGCGUCGUCGAGAUGUUUCCUUCGGGUCUUCGAGUUCUUGUCGUUGACGAUGACCCGACCUGUCUCAUGAUCUUAGAGAGGAUGCUGAGGACUUGUCUAUACGAAGUAACGAAAUGCAACAGAGCAGAGAUGGCCUUGUCUCUGCUCCGGAAGAACAAACAUGGAUUCGAUAUAGUAAUCAGCGAUGUUCAUAUGCCUGACAUGGACGGCUUCAAGCUCCUUGAACACGUUGGUCUUGAGAUGGACUUACCUGUUAUCAUGAUGUCUGCGGAUGAUUCAAAGAGUGUUGUCCUAAAGGGAGUGACGCACGGUGCGGUCGACUACCUAAUAAAACCGGUACGUAUGGAGGCACUUAAGAACAUAUGGCAGCAUGUGGUUCGGAAGAGGAGGAGCGAGUGGAGCGUACCUGAACACUCUGGGAGCAUCGAGGAGACGGGCGAGAGACAGCAGCAGCGGCAGAGAGGAGACGAUGCAGCUGUUUCCGGUAGGGAUGACGCAGCGGACGAUAACUCCUCCUCGGUUAACGAAGGGAACAACUGGAGGAGCGGCUCACGGAAGCGGAAAGACGAGGAAGGAGAAGAGCAAGGGGACGACAAGGAUGAAGACGCCUCGAAUCUGAAGAAACCGCGCGUUGUCUGGUCUGUUGAACUGCAUCAGCAGUUUGUCGCUGCUGUGAAUCAGCUCGGCGUUGAAAAGGCGGUCCCUAAGAAGAUCUUGGAGCUGAUGAAUGUCCCUGGACUAACCAGAGAAAACGUAGCCAGUCACCUCCAGAAAUACAGGAUAUAUCUAAGACGGCUUGGGGGAGUAUCGCAGCACCAAGGCAAUUUAAACAACUCGUUUAUGACGGGUCAAGACGCGAGCUUCGGUCCUCUUUCGACACUGAACGGGUUCGAUCUCCAAGCGCUAGCAGUCACGGGCCAGCUUCCUGCUCAGAGCCUUGCACAGCUUCAAGCCGCUGGUUUAGGCCGGCCUUCGAUGGUCUCUAAGUCGGGACUACCUGUUUCCUCCAUCGUGGACGAGAGAAGCAUCUUCAGCUUCGACAACCCGAAAACGAGAUUCGGAGACGGGCUCGGGCAUCACGUGCAACAAACACAGCCGCAUCCGCAGAUGAACUUGCUUCACGGUGUCCCUACUGGUAUGGAGCCAAGACAGCUCGCCGGUUUACAACAACAGAUUCCUGUGGGUAACCGAAUGAGCAUUCAGCAACAGAUCGCCGCCGUUCGAGCCGGACACAGCGUUCAGAACGGCGGAAUGCUGAUGCCUCUAGCCGGUCAGCAGCAGCCGUUCCCUCGAGGACCGCCGUCACAAUCAUCCAUCAGGCAGCAGCCGAUGUUAUCGAACCGCGUUUCGGAAAGAACCGGUUUCUCGGGGAGGAGCAGUAUCCCGGAGAGCAGCCGAGUGUUACCUACGAGUUACACCAACCUAGCAACACAGCACUCGUCAAGUUCAAUGACCUUUAACAACUUCCAACCGGAACUCCCGGUCAACAGUUUCCCGCUAGCGAGUGCACCUGGCUUAGCUGUUCCGGCCCAGGUCCGGAAACCUCCUCACUCUUCUUACCAAGAAGAGGUUAACAGCUCGGAAGCUGGUUUCACUACCCCGAGUUACGACAUGUUCACCAGCAGACAGAACGAUUGGGAUCUGCGGAGUAUCGGAAUAGCCUUUGACGCGCAUCAGGACGCAGAGUCGGUUGCGUUUUCCAAUUCAGAGGCAUACUCUUCUUCGUCCAUGUCAAGAAACAACACGGCGGUUGCAGCCACCAAUCAUGGCCGGAAUCAGCAGCAGCAGCCAUUGCCGGGACAUCAUCAGGUUUAUGGGGACGGCGGUUCAGUGAGAGUGAAAUCGGAGAGAGUGGCGGCGGAUACAGCGGCGAUGGCGUUCCACGAGCAGUAUAGUAAUCAAGAAGAUCUUAUGAGCGCACUUCUUAAGCAGGAAGGAAUCGCACCGGUUGAUAAUACCGAAUUCGACUUUGACGCAUACUCGAUCGAUGAUAUCCCGGUUUGAUUGGAUAAAUGCCGGUCAACCGAAGGGACUACUGGGAUUUGUAUUGUAUCAUUUACACGGCAACUGCUUAAAGAUAGUAUAACCUCGUUGGUGAAAAAUUUGUUUGGUAUAAAUCUGCGUGAAAAUUUUAAAGGCAGGUUAUUAUAUCAGAAAUUGUUUGUAUUAUUAUUUAUUUUUUUGAUGUUAGGGGUUAAUAUGUUACUCUUCUUGAAGAUUCUUUUGGUCUGUUUAGGGUUUUAAACUUUUAAUGUUCUAACUUGCGAUAAUAAGACGUUUCUAGUGUUGAUUGCUGCUUUUAGGAAUUUCAUUAAACCUCUUGGGGGAUAAAAUUUAUUAGAAUAAUACCAAACCACAAGGGGAUUUCGGAGACAAACUAAAUACCAAAAUGUAACCAAAGAAGUUCAAAAAUCACACGCUGCACAAAGCACCAAGACUAGUUCUGUAGCAUAUCUCGUUAGAAAGAAUCAAGAAACCAGCAUGUUUUCCGGCCAAAAUGGGGAAAACUUAAUCAUCGGAAGUUUAAUCUCUUAACUCUGCAGAAUCAAGAGAGCAAAAAAUGGUAGCAGCAUCAUAAGGAGAAAGGUGGAGACAUGUUUGCUGUGACCGUUGUUCGUCGGAAGUACGGAAGGGAGUGAACAUUCCUGACCGUUGAAGAACACUUUGGUCGGAAACCCAUCACCGGAACCAACAUUGAUUCCUGGAGUCAGUUUCUUGGUGAAGGAGAUGACCGACUGCUGCUUACCGGGCACCGGAAAGUCCUUGCUCGGGUUUUUUCCGUCCGCCUCUCCGACGAGAUAGUUCAGUCCAGGAAGCCCUUCCAUCAAAACAGUGUUGUUCUUUCCGUCGACAACAACCGUAGUUCCAUUAAAGGAGUAGGCUUUCUCAAAACCCGGUGCAGCAUUUCUCAUCUCAACCGCCGUAAACCAAUCCGCGAAGGCGGUUUGUCCCCAGUUGAAGAUCGUGAUACGAGCAGACCAACCGCCUCGGUAAUCCGUGGCUAGAUGCCAAUUGAUGCUGACUCCACAGUUAUCUCCACAGGGCAACGGCUCUGGAAGUCGCCGGUGUUUUAACGCCGCCCACGAUGUGGCAAGCUUGGUUCGGUUCUCAAAAGGAAUGAGAAGAGCCUGAGGCGGGAGAAACAGAGCUGGAGAAGUUGUGCUGCAAGUGCGAGACACUCUGUCGCUAGAGCAACCUCCGCAAGCGCAUGUGUUACAAGGGAUGAUCGAGUCGUUGAAGUAAGAAGAGAAGGAGACGCAGCACUGAGGAGUAGGUGGCUGAGAGAUGUUGCAGACCACUUGCCAGCUAGCAAACACAGACCGGUUCGAAGGUAGACCGGUUGGAUCAGGGAACUGGCUCGCGCUCACUCGAAUGGGGGGUCCACAUUUGUAAUCCGGGUUAAGAUUACCUUUAAUCUGCCAGCUCUGAGGAGGAGUGAUAGCAGAGAUGUUGAGAUCAGGAGGCAUUUUGUAAACCUCCAUUUGAAAAACAGACUUCGACUUGGUCGGAUCCAUCGACGGUGGCAGUAUCGUACCGUUUCUGCAGCAGUAUGGUUUAAGUCCGAGAGCUGAGUCGUUGUACUUGGUCAGAGGGAGGUCGAUGAUGUGUGGCCUCCUCGCGCAGCUCAAGACAUUGGAGAAGUCAAGCUGUUGAUAGUAUUUACCUUGCGGGCCAUCGAUGCAACCCGAUGAGUCUACGAUACUCGGAGAAGCUCCUUUGGUCGUGAUGAUGAACUCAUCUUUCAUCCAGGCGAAGCUUAGAUCCCAGUUGUCAAGCCUACCAAGCGGGUUGUGAUUCUCGAUGGUGACCUGAACCCAGUAACUGGAACUGUAUGCUCUGGUCACAUCGUACAUGAUGGUUAGAUCUCCUGCUUGUCUAGGGAGAUACUUUGUAAUGAUGGGGACUGUUUUAUUAUUGGUCGGACCAGGCGUGCAACACACGUGCAGAACAUUUUUACCUUGUUUAGUGGCUAUGGGACAUUUCCAACCAUCAUUAACAAGAGUGAUGUUCUUCGGAAGCGGAACAAGCGGCGGCGCAACUCCAAACUGAGUACCCACGAGCUCGACACGCGCUUGCAUCUGAUUAAUGUCACCCGCCGUCAUAAUCGCCGACUUCAAAUCCGCCGCCGGAUAACCGGAGAAGGUUGUACCGUUCUCAACGCUAACCGGGAGACUAGAACCGUCGUCGAGGACGGCGUUGGUGGCAGAAACAAGAAUCUCGCGGUGAGCGAAUCCUACGAACACGCGCCACGACUUGAGCUCGACGCGGGCGUUGUUGAGCACCGUGAGCACCGACUCGAACCGGUACGGCUGGUUCUUGGUGUCGUUCGGUUUAAUCUUGGCUCCAGUCGAGUAAGUGUAGGAGACGAACACGCCGUUGCAGUGAUUGGCGUCUGAAGAGUUCUUUGGACGAGUCGUGUGCUGAGACGACGUCAGUGAAAUCGCCGUGAAGAGAGACAGCAACAGAAACCAUGGGAUUAGCCUCGGAGAUAAACUCAUGAAAAUCAUAAUAAUUCUCUCUACUCACAAAACCUCUCUGUUUUUGUUUUGGAUAUGGAAUUUGAAAAGUUAGAGAAAACAAAAAUCGGAGCUUUGUUUCUGUUUCAAUACUGGAAGCGACCGCGUUGAACAAGAGAACAGCUUAGUAGACGCUGUCUAAUUUUGGUCGCGUUUUAGAA